CAUUUUCCCCCAAAUCGGUGCUUAUGCUCUCCUGCACCAAGCUUCUGCGACGCUGCCUCUCCUCCACCGCCUCAUCUUCCCCUCAGCCAUGGCUCUUUGUUGGUCUUGGCAAUCCUGGUGAGAAGUACCAGCACACCAGGCACAAUGUUGGUUUUGAUAUGAUCGACGCUUUUGCGCAGUCACAAGGCAUCCCGAUGACCUCCGUCCACUGCAAAGCUUUUUUUGGUGAAGGGUUUGUUGGUGGCACCCCGGUUCUUCUCGCGAAGCCACAGACUUAUAUGAAUCUUAGCGGCGAGUCUGCUGGACCACUUGCAGCCUACUAUAAAUUACCCUUAAAUCGGGUCCUUUUGAUUUUUGAUGAUAUGGACUUGCCUUGUGGAGUGCUUCGAAUACAACCAAAAGGAGGACAUGGCCAUCAUAAAGGGCUCAAGAGUGUCAUAUAUCAUUUUCGGGGAAACAGAGAUUUUGGUCGUUUGAGAAUUGGCAUAGGAAGACCUCCUGGGCAAAUGGAUCCAAAGGCUUUUCUACUUCAGAAAUUCAAUAAACUAGCUCGUGAGAGAUAAAUCCAGUUUCAAUACAAAGGGAAGGUGAAAUAUGAAUGCAGUUGGCAUCAUUAAUUCACUAAAAAAGAAGUACUCAAUGAUUGUGGACACAGAGAACUGCAAGAGAUAUUGAACAUUCAUGGUUGAGAAUAUUCCAUAUCAUUUACAAAGUUGUCGAGUAGAAGAAGCAUAAAAUUAGAAUUACAUGAUAGAGAAAAGGAUUGAUUACAAUGAGUAUGUCAAGUGUGGGAUUUUAAUAAAAGAAAAAAAUUAUGAGACAUCACUGUCUGAAAGUUCUAAUAAAGUCUACCACUUUAUUCGGAAAAGUCCAUUUGCUAUAGCCAUUUACAAAUCAUUAGAACCAUUAUGAGAUAUCACUGUCUGAAAAUUCUAUUAAAGUCCACCACUUCAUUCAGAAAAGUCCAUUUUCUAUAGCCAUUUACAAAUCAUUAAACCAUUAAGCAAAAUCAUUGAAAUAGUGGUGGAGCUUCAAUCUUAAAGCAUGAUAAGAGAAUUUUAUGUUGUGUAUAAGUUGGUGCUAGGACUAUCAUGCUAGAUUAUUAUAUAACUUUUUCUUUAUAAUGAACAUUGGUCAUUUUAUGAUAGCAUAAUUACUUAUAGUGCACACAUUCUUAUGGUGUUGAACUUAUAUGUUAGUAAUUAGCUAGACACUCAUUCGAUUUCCUGAUGCUUAUUUUACUUGUUGAAGUCCAUCAUCAGCGGAUGGUGAAAUGUCCACAAAUUCUGUAAUGGCCUUAUUUCUCUAUUGAAUCUUCUUAAGCAAUUUGUGAAUAAAAUAGUCUGAUUGUUUUUUUUUUAUUCUGGAUGGUGGGAAUAACUCCAGAAGUUUUGGUGAUCGGUAAGAAGUUUUAUCAAACUUAACUAUGUCACUGUUGAAAAUUCCAACCUUG